CCUCCCCCACAACCGGCGCCCUCAACAUCCCUGCCAGGACUGAAACCCGCCUCCGCCGGCGGCCUUCUGCCGGACGAAGAGGAGGCAACAGCGGAUAUGGGCGACACUACUGAGGAGGACUACCCUUUGUUGCGACUGGACUACCGUUUAACGUAA